AACAUUCAUCACUGAUUGGACAUUGAACAACUUGGAUUGUAAAAUCAUUUGUAAAUCUCAUCCAUAGUACGUUGCACGCUGUUUUCCAAGCAAACGAAUAGAAUGAUCGAAUCUAUUUCAAAUCCAAGUUUGUUUGGGUUGUGUUUCUGUUUAGUUUUCGGUGCAAUUUUAUCACAGAUAUCGACACCAAAUGAACUAUGCAAGAAUGGUAAAUUUCGGCUCGUAGAGCAUGAAAAAUAUUGUGAUUAUUAUUAUCGUUGUGAUGAUGAUGGUCAUGCUGUUGAGGAGAAAUGUCCAAAUGGUCUGGUUUUUGCUGGUUAUCGUCGUGGUAUGAUUGAUAACCAUUGUGGUUAUCCAUACAUUGUUGGCUGUCCAGAUGGCGUCAAAGUUAUGGGACAAUCGCCUUCAAAUUCUGGCAAUUGUCCAUGGAGUUAUGGAACAUUUGCGCAUGAAACAUCCUGCACAAAAUAUUGGCAAUGUUGGAAUGGCACUGGCACCUUGCAACAAUGUCCAUAUUCCUUACUUUAUAAUGAGCGCAUUCAUUCGUGUGACUGGCCACAAAAUGUUCCCGAUUGUCAAAAACAUCCAAUUUGUAAUGAAAAACCCAAUGGAGCUGUAACAAUUGAAAAUAAUUGUGAUAGGUAUUGGCUUUGUGUCGGUGGCUAUCCACGUCUACAACGUUGUCCAGCUGGUUUGGCAUUCAGCAUUGAAUUGUCUAAAUGUGAAUUGGACUAUCUUGUUCCUGGAUGUGAACCUGUACAACCAUUGGUGGAUGAUAAUGCUGUUGCAUAUAAUAACAAUGGAACCAGUGAUGCUAAUCGAGAUUCGCGUGGCUCAUUGUAAUCAUUGAACCAUCAUUCACAAUGGCUACCUGAUUUGACCUAAAAAAUUAAAAUACAAAAUGACUUGAUGACAACUAUGCUGAUUCAUUACACAAAACA